AUGAAGACGCAGAACAUCAGGACAGUAUGUCUCAUCGUGUCCAUGGUGUUUUACCUGAUCAUAGGGGCCGCCGUGUUUGCUGCCCUGGAGUCCGAGAGGGAGAGCUCCAGGAAGAAGGCGCUGGAGCAGGAACUGAAUGAAAUGAUGAACAAGUACGGCUUCUCAGACAGCGACUUCAAACAAAUCGAGAGCGUGGCGCUGCUGUCCGAGCCGCACCGAGCGGGCCGCCAGUGGAAGUUUGCAGGAUCCUUUUACUUUGCCAUUACAGUCAUCACCACAAUAGGCUAUGGCCACGCUGCUCCCUGUACCGACGCAGGGAAAGCUUUCUGUAUGUUUUAUGCUGUUCUGGGCAUCCCUCUGACCCUCGUGAUGUUCCAAAGCCUGGGAGAGCGCAUCAACACCUGUGUGCGUGUGGUGCUAAGCUGGGCUAAGCAGAGUCUUGGCCUGCAGAAGACUAAUGUGUCUAUGGGUAACAUGGUGCUGGUGGGUCUCCUCUCCUGUGGUAGCACCCUCUGUAUAGGAGCAGCUGCUUUCUCUCACUUCGAAGGCUGGUCUUUCUUCAAUGCAUACUACUACUGUUUCAUUACUCUAACCACUAUUGGAUUUGGGGAUUUUGUCGCCCUGCAAGAAAAGGAUGCUCUGCAGAGAAAAUACCCAUAUGUUUUAUUCUGUUUUACUUACAUUCUCGUAGGGUUAACAGUUGUAGGUGCGUUUCUCAAUCUUGUGGUUUUGAGGUUUUUAGCAAUUAGCAGCGAGGAGGGUGUUUCAAAGCAGGAAAUGAGUAGUGAAAACCAACAUUCUGAGCCCAAGGACACACGAGAUGGUCCGGAGUUGGAGGUACAAGGUCAUAAUUUGCAGUGUAAGGACGAAGCUUUCCAUAAUAGCAAUCUGAGUCUUCCGACAGAGACGAGCAGGAGUUGUGUGAACCUUCUCCCACCUUCCCCUGUCAACGAGAGGAUUGUGGUCACAUCACAGAGAAAGAUCAACUGUCAAAAUCCAGCGCUGAAACUUUUAUGUUCCUGUCUCUGCUGUGAUACUGACGAUGACAGCCCUGCCCACUUACAUCCCGAUGAUAUGGAAGGACAUUGUAACCCUGUCUUCUAUAACUCUAUCUCCUACAGAGUGGACCAGGUCUUAAGCAGUACCUCAUCACCUCAAAACUCUCCAUGUAGCUGCAUCCUAUACCAUCAAAACCCCAGGAGAAGGUCAUCCAUUUGA